AUGAAGGUCGAUUUCAUCAAUAGGUGCUAUAAUCUUCCAUCUAAACAUCGUCACCUUCUUAAAGACUUGAUCGAGAUCCGCAUCAAAGAUCUAUUCAUGGAGUCGGAAACAGAGCCUAAGCAUAUGAUGAUUGAGCAUGAUGUUUCAAAUAGCAUGCAGAUUGAUCCAACAAAAGCUCGAUUUCCUUGUUGUAUAGUGUGGACUCCUCUUCCAGUUGUUUCAUGGCUCCUCCCUUUUGUUGGUCAUGUUGGAAUUGGGCGUGAAGAUGGAGUGAUUGUGGACUUUGCGGGACCUAAUUUUGUGUCAGUUGAUAACUUCACAUUUGGGGGUGUAUCUCGCUAUAUCCAAAUAACCAAAGAAAAGAGUCCAAUCCCAAUCACUCGGCAUCCUUCCACCACAUAUAGAACCGAAGAAGAAUUUAAGCUUGUAGAAUCAGGAAGAAACCAAUACACAUGGGAUGAAUCCUUGAAAAAAACAACACAAGAAUACCAAAAGCAAAUUUAUAGCAUUUUAACGUGUAAUUGUCACUCAUUUGUGGCUAAUCAUCUUAACCGAAUGGAACCCGGGCCCACGUCCGGUUGGAAUGUGGUGAAUGUGGCGGCUUUGGUUUUGUUGAAGGGUAAAUGGUGUCAAACCCGGAUCAAUAGACCCGGACCUGAAAAACCCGGAAACUAG